CAUUUUCUGCUAUAAUAAACCUCGAAACGUUUCGUCUUAGCCAACCGGAGCCGUAUAUUCGCCGGAAAACGAUACAAUAGUAUCAUAGUCGGGAACUCCGAAUUCGGGCUCAUUGGAAAUGGGAGGAAGAAAUUGGCUAAUUCUGGGGAUUUUGGCAUGUCUAAUUGCGUUUUCUUCUGCGAGAGAGCUGAAGGUCAGGGAGGAUAAUAAACUUGCUGUUUAUAAUCACACUCUGGGUACCAUUUUGGUGGAGUAUGCUUCCGCGGUUUACCUGUCAGAUUUGACCGAACUGUUUACCUGGACAUGCCCAAGAUGUGAUGGUUUGACUGCGGGAUUUGAAGUUAUAGAUCUUGUUGUUGAUGUGCAACAUUGCUUACAGGCAUUUGUUGGAGUGGCAAGGGAUCCCAAUGCCAUUGUUAUUGCCUUCAGAGGAACCCAGGAACACAGCAUACAGAAUUGGAUUGAAGACUUGUUCUGGAAACAACUAGAUUUAAAUUACCCUGGCAUGCCUGAUGCAAUGGUGCACCAUGGGUUUUAUUUUGCUUACCACAAUACAACCCUGCGUCCUGCAAUUUUAAAUGCUGUUAAACAGGCAAAGGAAAUUUAUGGAGACAUAGACAUCAUGGCAACAGGACAUUCAAUGGGAGGGGCUAUGGCAGCCUUUUGUGGACUUGAUCUAACAGUUAACCAUGAAGCCAAGAAUGUUCAGGUCAUGACAUUUGGACAGCCUCGAAUAGGCAAUGCAGCAUUUGCAUCUUACUAUAGACAACUUGUUCCCAAUACAAUUCGUGUCACUAAUGAUCAUGAUAUUGUCCCUCACUUGCCUCCAUACUAUUCUUACUUUCCACAAAAGACAUACCACCACUUUCCUAGAGAGGUGUGGCUGUAUAAUAUUGGAUUGGAAAGUCUGGUUUAUGAAGUUGAGAAGAUUUGUGACAAAUCUGGCGAAGACCCAACUUGUAGUAGGUCGGUGACAGGGAACAGCAUCUCAGACCAUCUAGUUUAUUAUGGUGUUGAAUUAAUGUGUGAGACAUGGAGAUCAUGCAGAAUUGUUAGUGAUCCUCUUGUAGCGGAAUAUGGCAAAACAGAUCUCCAAGGAAAUCUCAUUUUGUCUAAAGAUCCAGCCACUCCAAUUCUGAAGAUGAAAACACAAUCCAGUGAGGGGAGUAAUCACAUUUAGCACGUAAGCUGAUGGUGUGAUUUCUCUUGCAUGAUCAUUGAAAUGUAACGGAUUUUUACCAAGGAAGCUGCUUCUCAUUCCUCAACUGACACAACGUAAAAAGUUGACAUCCAGAGAAUGAUGCUGCGGUGGUUCUGGCUGUAAGGAAAUUGUGUAUAUAGCUAUUAAAUUGUUGUACAUCCUCAAAUAAACAAACACUGGCCAUGCGUAAUGCAACCAAGAUUAUUUCCGUUGUAUUACACAAACAACCUGAUGUUUCAAAUCUCUCAAAAAAGGUGGGAGAAACCUUCGUUACGCAUGUAGCACAUUCAUCCUUACCACAUUCAUGGGAUUAUUGGGUCUGACCUUUAAAUUCUUCUUCUGUUAAUCUGUUCUCUAUAUUUCUCCUCAGUCAAUCAAUCCAUUUUUGAGGA